AUGGUCUUCCAACUCAACGACUUUACCGACUCUGAAGAAUCCGACUCUGAGCGCCCGCCCACAUCCACAACGACCACACCCCGGCGUGGUAACGCCGCCACCGCCGCCGCCGCGUCCUCCAGUCGCGCAAAGGGGCGAGCGACGCCUUCGAGCCCCGUCACUGCUUCAGCUUCAGCUUCGGCGUCGAGAGCGUCAGCUUCGCCCCGGUCGGCGCAUGCGAGGGGUCCGAGCGGGAGUACUACGGCGAGUACGGGUCAUCCGUUACGCAUCACCCUCCGCCCCUCCGUCCUCCAGCCUCCGACCGAGACGUCCUCCGCGGGCCCCUCCCGUCCUCACGCACCUACAGCUACAAGCCAACGCUCCUCUCUCUCCCCUCCGCCCCCUAUCACCCUCAAACUCUCACGCCAGUCCCUCGCUGAAAAAGCCGACUACUCUUCUUCAGAGGACGAGCCCGACCUCGACAUGGAUAUCGCCUCUAUCCCUUAUGUCGAAGAAGAGUACCUCGAGCGGGAUGCGAGCUACCGGAGCGGGGGAAGUAAAGCCAAGAAGCCGGCGAAGCGGGCCAAGGUAGCUCAUGGCGUGGGAGCGGGAGGAGGGGGGAAGAAGCCGUCAUCUGCUUCUGCUUCUGCUGCUGCUUCGUCGGCAGGAGCUGGUGCUGGAGCUGGUGCAUCGAUGCCUGGCCCAAGUACAGGAACGGGAGGCGUAUCCCUCAAAAUCCCAGGCCAGCGAAAGACAUACGACUGGCUCGUCCCUUCCUCUGUAUCCGCCUCUCACUCGGGCCCGCCCGAUCGCGCGAGCGAAACGAGCAGCGUCCCCUCACCUCGGCCGGGGGCGGCGGAGGACCAUGUGGAGAGGGGCAAGCUGGUAGAAGAGGCGCCGAUGACUGCGCCGGUCAAGAAGCAUUCGAAGAGGCGGGCAGUGGCGGAUGGGCCAGGGCCGGGGAAGAACUGGCGCAAGGGGCAGAAGAAGGGUCUGGCGGGACUCAAGGCCGAAUCCCAGCUCGAGCCGGGGUCGCAGGAGGGCUCGCCGUCCUUAGCGGGUAUGGCCAGUGUGGGCGGUACGCCCGAACCACUCGACUUACCUCGAGCCGACUCACCCCCGUUCGAGCGAGCCGACGCUGCCAAGCUGGGCUUCCCGGUGUUUCUCAACCCCAUCGUCGGGCCCAAGUUCGCGCUCGGCACUUUCCCAAGGAUCACGCAGUUCUUCGCCCCGCCAAACGGCGGUGAUACCGGCCCAUUCCCGCGUAAAGAGAAAGUCAGGACGUGGAAGCGGGGUGCGUCGACUCUGCGGGGCAUAGGGGGCGGGACAUUACAUUACAAGACUUGGAAUCGAGGCCCGCCAUCCGAGCUCGGCCGCCUCAUCCAAGCCGACCGCGAUGCCAAAGAGAUCCAACGCGCCGCCAAGAAGGCCGGAAACGCCGCUUCUGCCGCCUCCGCGUCUGCAGCCGCAUCGUCCGCACCCCUCUUCUCGGACUCUGCUCUCCCGGCUGGUGCCGGGGCAGUACGCCCAAAGCUCGACCAGGCGAUAUCGAGCGAGUCGGUACUUCAGUUGACGCCGACCCAGACGCAGACACAGGGGGAUGACGACUCCGAGAUGGGCGAUAGGGAUGGAGAGGAGGGGAGUGUGAGUGGGGUAGCUGCGAGUCCGGCCGGCGCGUCGGCAGGGGCGGCGACAGGCGCGGCGGCGAAGGGCAAGAAGAGGGCUGCGGCGGGGUCAGCGGCAGGGAGUGCGGCAGCGGGAGCGGGUGGGGUCAAGCCGGUCAAGCCGAAGCCGAAGCCUAGGAAGAGCAAGUUGGGUCAGGAGAUCAAGCCGUCGGUUGGGGCGGAAGCGGAGUAG